AUGGGCCGGCCGGGUGGCCACGUCAAGCCCUGCAAGUUCUUCCUGCAGGGCAAUUGCCGCAACGGCAACAACUGCCGCUUCUCGCACGACGCGUUCGGCGGAGGGAACCGCAACAAUGGGAACAACGGCAACAGCGGCGGCUUCGGGUCUCAGGCGCAGUCCCAGUCUCCGUUCGGGAACUCGAACGCAUUCGGCGGCAAUGGGAACAGCUCGUCUUCGGGCACUCAGGGCGUGGCUAUGACGGAGUCCGGGCGGGCGCUGGCAAUCGAGGAGCUCAAGAACCCGCCCAUGUGGCCGCUGUCGGGCUUCGCAGUCGCUAAAGGCCUGCCGAGCGUCGUGGCAGGCGACGUGAGUGCUGAGGAGGCUCGGUGGGAAGCGUAUCAAGAGCUCAAGACCUCGGGAAACUGCCUGCAGUCCACACAGAAGCUGCAGGCGCUGGCAGCGGAGCAGCAGACGCAGCGACAGCGGGUGGUCUCGCUGCUUGAGAACCACCAGUCGGCGCUGAAGCUGUUCAACGGAGAGCCGCUGCCCGGGAGCUCAGGUUUUGGCGGCCAGGGCGGCGCGGCCAACCCGUUCGGCGGAGGUGCUGCCGCUAGUCCUUUUGGGGCGGCCAGUACACCUGCUGCGUCGCCGUUUGGUGGCGCCUCCUCGACUCCUGCUAACCCGUUUGGAGGUGGCGCUGCUGCGCCUGCGUCUUCGCCCUUUGGGAAACCAGCGACACCUGCUGCAAGUCCGUUUGGCGGAGCUGCAGCGGCGAAUCCGUUCGGAGGUGGACCGACGACGGCAUUUGGAGCGCCGUCAGCGUUGGGAGGAGGAUCAGCCUCGGCGUUUGGUGGUGGUGGAGGUGCGGCUGCUAACCCGUUUGGAGGAGGAGCUGCCGCUCCUGCGUCGUCGCCGUUUGGGAAACCGACAACGCCUGCCGCUAGUCCUUUUGGAGCUUCGUCGACGACAGCUUUUGGAGGAGCGGCUUCGACUUCGGCGCCGUCUUCGUCUCCGUUCGGUGGAGGUGCUUCUACUACGACGUCGGCGUUUGGAGGUGGAGCAUCGAUUUCAAGUACGACAUGUGGGGGUGGCAACUCGGGAUCAGGAUUUUCAGGCUUUGGCGGCGGAGCCAAACCGACAGCUUCUCCUUUUGGCGGUGCUGCAGCGGCACCUUCAUCCUCGCCGUUUGGUGGCGGUGCAUCAGCAGCAGCUCCUGCGUCCUCGCCGUUUGGGGCAACUUCAAGUACUGCCUUCGGUGGCUCGUCAGGGACAGCAGCAACAGCAGGCAGCUCCAAUCCUUUCGGGGCGACAUCAGCGAACAACGCCAGCACAGCUUUCGGUGGAUCUUCAUCAGGCUUUGGAACGUCGUCUGGCAGUACUACGGGAGCCUCUAACCCGUUUGGAGCCCCCGCUGCGUCUAACACUACCGCACCGUCUCCGUUUGGAGCACUUGCUGCGCCGUCCAGUAGUCCCUUUGGAGCUCCAGCGACAUCUACGAGCACAGGCAGUGCGUUUGGUGGAUUUGGGAAGCCGGCUGCGAGUAGUUCAUCGUCUGGUUCAGCGUUUGGAGCACCUUCGGCUACGACCACGACGGCACCGCCGCCCCCACCUCCCGCACCGGCAGUCAGUGGCCCGCCGCCUGAUGCUCGCGACGAUGCAUGGAAUGCCGAGCAAUUCCAGCAAGCUGAGUUCACGCUGGGUAUGGUGCCGACCGUGCCGCCUCCGCCACAGUUCUGCUAA